UAAUUUCUGGGUAAGGUUCUAUCGAGCAAGUAAUGGCUAAUCUAGCUUAACUUGCUUGGAUGGAUCAGUCCCUUCGUCAUUCUCAAGGAGUAGCCUAGUUUGGUUACCUUCUUCAUUAUUAAACAUUAAUGAUUCUUGUAAUUACCCGCAAGAGACCUUCAAUUACUUCUUAAUUCAUUUAUUGUUACUUGUCUUGUUCUCCUAUAAUUGAUUGUGAUUGGUAGAAGACGAGGAUUGAUCUUCUAUAUAAACCAGAUUCAAAAACCCAAAAUCAAAGCCCAUCAAAGCAAAUGGAGAUGGAGAAGGUGGUUGUGGUUGUUUUUGCUCUAUCAGUUGUUCUACUUCUGGGUUUAGCCCAGAGCUUUGAUUUCCAUGAAAAGGAACUUGAGACAGAAGAGAGUCUAUGGAACUUGUACGAAAGAUGGAGAAGUCAUCACACGGUUUCUCGUGACCUCGAGGAGAAGAACAAACGUUUCAAUGUGUUCAAAGAGAAUGUGAAGGGCAUUCAUGAAUUCAACAAGAAGGAUGAACCAUACAAGUUGAGGCUUAACAAAUUUGCAGAUAUGACUAACCAUGAGUUCAGGGCUACCUACGCAGGCUCCAAAGUGAGGCACCACACCAUGUUUAGAGGGACUUCAGGAGCGACUGAAGGCUUCAUGUACGAGAAUGUAAGCAUCCCUGCUUCCAUUGAUUGGAGGACCAAAGGUGCUGUCACCCCUGUCAAGGAUCAAGGCCAAUGUGGUAGUUGCUGGGCUUUUUCGACUGUUGUUGGGGUUGAAGGUAUAAACCAAAUCAAAACCAAGAAGCUCACCUCCUUAUCAGAGCAGCAACUGGUGGAUUGUGACACCAGUGUGAAUGAAGGUUGUAAUGGAGGACUCAUGGACUACGCAUAUGACUUUAUCAAAAGUAAUGGAGGGCUCACCACAGAGGCAAACUAUCCCUACACAGCCCAAGAUGGCUCUUGUGACAAAUCAAAGUUGAUUAGUUCUCUAAAAGUGACAAUUGAUGGAUAUCAAGAUGUGCCUGCUAACAACGAGAAUGCACUGAUGAAAGCUGUGGCUAACCAACCUGUUUCUGUUGCCAUUGAAGCAAGUGGUUUUGGCUUCCAGUUCUACUCAGAGGGAGUUUUGACUGGAUACUGUGGAACAGAAUUGGAUCAUGGAGUGGGGGUUGUAGGAUAUGGAACAGCUCUUGAUGGGACCAAGUACUGGAUAGUGAAGAACUCUUGGGGAGAUAGCUGGGGAGAAAAAGGUUACAUUAGAAUGGCGAGGGGCAUCAAGGCCAGCCAUGGAAUUUGUGGCAUAGCCAUGGAGCCUUCUUAUCCCCUCAAGACCUCCAAAAAUCCUUCUGAAGAGGAGGUUUCCUCUCUUAAGGAUGAACUCUGAUGAGGAGUGAAGAUUACGUUUCACAUCGGAGCUUGUAUCUAUCUAUUUUAUUUAGCUCUUCAAAACAAGUAAAGAAAUGUUUCUUCAAUUAACCACCUCUUGAUGGUUGGUUAGUGUGUGUAGGUUUCUAAUACAAUCUUUUGUAUUUGUGAAAUAAUAUGAAAUAAACGUUUUAGAUCCAUGGAUCAUUGGCUGC